CCAAUGUCACCAACUAUGUCAGCAUCUAAUCUAGUUUCUGAAUGUUUUGAAUCGAUUGUGCCUGAAUCAGAAAAUCAGAUAGAUCAUGAUCCAUUGCCAUCACCUUCUAGCUCGACAUUAACUCCUGUUUUAAUAUUACAUGAUGUCAAGGAACCAGAUCCAAAUAAAGGGAUCAAAGUUGAUGAGACAUAUGAUUAUCUCCCACAAGACUAUACAUUGACCGACCAUGAUCUAUGUGCUCAUAUAGCAAUAGAAUCAUCUUUGAGUAAACAAUUGCUCGUGGAGAUAGAUGGAAGUUGUGUCUUGCAAAAUCAAUUGAUGUGCCUGCUAAAUGAAAAGGAGUGGAUAAAUGAUGAUGUGAUCAAUGCAUAUAUAUGUUGUAUAAAGGACCAAAUACAUCUCCAGAAUGAUAAUAAAGUAUAUUUUGAGAGUCCAUUUGUUACCUCACUAUUUAAACGAGAUGGCGAACUUGGAAUACAAAAAGAUAGUGCCUUCAUGACAGAGACUGUCGUCGAAUAUAUGCAACAUGACAUGGUAAUAUCCAUAUUCAUAAUUUACAUGUUCUAUGUUUCAUACAUUUUCAUCUAUUAUUUUCCUAAUUAUUUUUAUUACAGAUUAAACUUCCAAUAA